UUACUACAAUUGAGUCGUUAAUGAUAAAAUAAGAAUAUUGUUUAAACGCAAUUGGAUUGCCUUGGCAUAAAACCUGACAUAAUUUCUUACAAACAUUUAUUAAAGGCGAUCUGAAGUUUCUCAAGAUACCUGUUUUAGCAUUCAACGAUAGCGCAGGUCUGGCAACCCGGGCUUCUGCAACUGCACAGAUCCUCUUUCUGACCAACCAGCUCGCAGAAGCACAGCAAAGCGAGUACACACCAUUGAAAAUGCCUCUUGCAAGAGACCUCCUCCACCCUACAAUUGAACAUGAGAGAAGACAACAUAAAAAGAAAAGGCUGGUUCAGAGUCCCAACUCCUACUUUAUGGACGUGAAGUGCCCAGGUUGCUACAAGAUCACCACAGUGUUCAGCCAUGCUCAGACAGUGGUACUCUGUGUGGGAUGCGCAACAGUGCUUUGCCAGUCAAAAGGAGGAAAGGCCAGACUGACAGAAGGUUGCUCUUUCAGGAGGAAGCAACAUUAAAAGGGGAUCGCCAACUUAAUCAUGUCUGCAAUUAAGCCAUGCUGUUGAUAAACGAUCUCCCCAUUAUGUAACAAAGCAACUGUGCAUUCAUUUACAGCAGGUCCUGUCACUAUACAGAUGUCCAACUUUUAUGAAGAAUUUGUAAACCAGCAAACAUUUUAUUCUGCAAGAUGAUUAAAAUUACAUUUCUAUAAGCCAAAUAAAAACACUGUAAUAAAAGUUAAA